AUGGAGGUGUCUCUUCAUUCACAUAUCGGCCAGCACCCCAACAUCAUUGAGUGGUUUGCUUCAGGCGAGGACGACGUGUGGCGAUGGAUUGCUAUGGAGUACGCAGAAGGUGGCGACCUGUUUGACAAGAUUGAGGCUGAUGUCGGUGUGCGAGAGGAUAUCGCUCAAGUCUACUUUGUCCAACUCAUAAGCGGCGUGAGCUUCAUGCAUUCCAAGGGCGUGGCACAUCGUGAUCUCAAGCCGGAGAACAUCCUUCUCUCAUCCGACGGAUCUUUAAAACUCGCCGACUUUGGAAUGGCUACCAUGUUUGAGUACAAAGGCCAACGAAAGCUGAGCUCGACUUUAUGUGGUAGUCCCCCUUAUAUUGCCCCUGAGAUUCUCGCCUGCGGUCGUGGGGACAAGAAAGCACCGGAUGCUUCCAAGUACUCCCCAGAUCUUGUUGACGUAUGGUCCUGUGGUGUCAUCCUGUUCGUCCUACUCAUCGGUAACACGCCUUGGGAUGAACCCUCACAGGGAAGCUGGGAGUUUCAAGAAUAUGUUCGCACAUCUGGCCGUAGUACCGAUGCGCUCUGGGGCAGAAUACCCGCGGAAGCCCUUUCGUUGCUCCGAGGAAUGAUGAGCAUUGAUGCUUCAAAACGAUUCAACUUCACCCAAGUACGCCAACACCCCUGGUACACGAGACACAACGCCCUCCUCAGUGCGGACGGCCGAGUCACAGAUCCCAUCAACCUGGCGACGCAGAUGUUGGCGAACCUCCGUAUCGACUUUACGCAUCAGCCAACAUCGCAGCCUUCUUCCAGCGACAACAUGGACCUCGACACUGGCCUAAAUGCUGGGAAAUUCUCCUCUACUCAACCUGAGACGCCCAUCGCCGACAAGGAAUGGGACUGGGAACGCACACCACUAAAGUCCGUGGUUUCACCGGCAUCCUCAUUACCGCAUUCUCGUCGAGCUAUGGUUGAUACACUCGCCGAUGAGCCUACCAUGUCACAAUUCUCGCAGACUCCUGGCCCCUCCAUGACUCUUACACAACAAGCCCGUCGAUUCCGUGAUAUUUGCCCGCCAGAAUCCCUCACCCGCUUCUUUUCUGCUGUCCCGCCAGCUCAUCUUGUUCAAAUGCUUAGCGAUGCUCUUCAUCACCUUAACAUCCCAUCGGCGCCCGUUUCGCCGAAUCUGUACGGCAACCCGGUUGCGCACAUGAAAGUCAGAGCCUUGGAUGGACGCCAGCAGAACCUGCAUGGCGAGAUUCAGAUCGACCGCCAGCCUUUACCUGACGGUACUGAAAUUCUCGACAUACGCUUUGUCAAGGUUAAAGGAGAUCCUCUCGAAUGGAGACGGUUCUUCAAGAAGGUGGUUGUUUUGUGCAAGGAUGGAGUCUACGUUCCGGAAUCUUAG